GACACUGGGAAGCCUGCUGUCUCAGCACACUGCCUGCUGUGUUUCUCCUCACAGAUGGUCAGAAUGCCACGUGCGUGGAGCCCACCGAGCUGAAAGGGUGGCCCAUCACCAAGGUGGGGAACCCACUCCAGUACAAGUGCAUCACGCACCUGGACCAACAGGACUACAUCUUCCUCCUGCUCGUCGGCUUCUGCAUCUUCGCGGCCGGCACUGUGGCCGCCUGGCUCACAGGCGUGUGUGCUGUGCUGUACCAGAACGCUCACCGAAAGUCGGCCGGGGAUGAUACCGAAGAUGAGACUGGGAGUAGGGUCGCCGGCCAGAUUUUUCGAGGCAACACUUACUUCAGCCAGAAUCGAUUCCCUCAGCUGAUCUAGCUGCCAGAGACCACUACCAAUUGUGCCUUCCCUGCUCUGGCUCCCUGCUUUCUCACACACCCUCCCGUCUCACCACCACUGUCUUGGAGAUUGAAGCCUCCCAGUAAAAUAAAUAAAAUAUUUGGUGGUCCUUUCUGA